AUGAGCUCUCCCGAGCCGGACUCGCUCGGCGACAGUCUGUUGGCAUGGGUCCAAUCAUUUGAGGAUGGAAAGCAGAUUGAGACGUUGGGUGGGUUGAGUGAUGGAAAGACACUAUGGGCUAUACUACAAGACGUAGACCCGAACUUCUUCUCCGGCAGUCUCCCCGAACCUGACCUCGACCCAAGCAGCGAUUGGACGCGGAAAUGGCAGAACCUCAAGCACCUGGAGAAACAGCUGUCCAUAUACUACCGCGAUGUCUGCAACGAGCAGAACCAGGCCGUGGGGGCGUCGACGGGUCCCGACCUCAAAGCCAUUGCGGCAGAUGGAUCUGUCCGUGAUUUGGAGAAGUUGAUCAUGGAGAUUAUAAGAGCAGCCAUGGCGUCGCCCGAGUCGAACCAGAUGAUGGGAAAGAGGCUGAUGGGUCUUGGGAACGAGCAUGCUAUGGUGAUAGCGUAUGAGAUCAGGAGGAUGCAGGAAGAUGAAGUGACGGAAUCAGAGACACCGAGUCGGGAUGAGUCGGCAUAUCAGUCUGAGCAAGAGGCGCCGGAGACACCUAUACAGCCGAGGCAGACAGGUCUGACGGAUGCGAGUGGGCCAAAGUCAGCUCCAAACGGGGAUCUUUUCUCGGAUCCACUGUUGGAACGCGAAGAGGAGUUACUACAAGCGCAGGCUACGAUUGAGAAGCUGCAGGCUAGUCAUAGGGAAGCACAGAGACAGUUGCAAGAACUGCGGAGUGACAAGGAACAGCUUCAAGAAGCUUUCGAUGCAUAUCGAUCAGACCUUACGACGAAAGGACGAAAAGCUACAGCAGACGAUGACUUCAAGAAGUUACAACGCCAAGCGGACAGCGACAGAUCGUACAUUGAAGACCUCGAGACCCAGCUCCAGUCAUCCAAGGACGCGGUGGACAACUACGAACGCCAGAUCCAACGUCUGAAGGCAGAGAAUGAGGCGAACCAGAAGUUCAAGGAUGAUCUGCAGAUGAUGCGGGUAGAGAAUGAAGAUCUUAGCCAGAAAGUCAAAGCUAACGAGAAUCUGAAGAAGAAGAUUCAGGCACUGCAAGAGCAAGAGAAGGCCACUGUAACAAUGCGCGAAGAACUCAAGCAGGCGCAUGAAAAGCUUGAUGAGCUUGAACGUAUGAAGCAGAUGCAAGCAAGCCUUGAGAAGGAGAUCAUCGAAAAGAAGGGUUUGAUCAGGAACCAAGAGUAUCAGAUCAACGAGUUGACCACGACUCGCAAGCAUGCCGAAUACGACGCGCGAGUAUUGGCCCAGAAGCUCGAAGCUGCUCGUGAGCGGCAAGAUCGUGACCACGAGAUGAUCGAGGAGAUGCGAGCAAAGCUCAAUGAAACACAUCCAGACGAUGAAGUUGAUGUGGAGGCGCCACCCAAGAAAGAUUCAUCAGAAGAACCUGAAAAGAAGACUACACCUCCCAAACCCGACGACAACAAACAAUGGCUGGAAAAAGUCACCCUGCUCAACCAACAACUCGAAGCAGCCGACAUCCGCCUCAAACAAGCCGCCGACCGCAACGCGAAACUCGAAGAAGGCCAGCGCGGCCACUCAGCAUCAACCGAAGAACGGGAGAAAGCCGAGCGCCAACUCGAAGAACGGGACGCGACUAUUAUGGAGCUGCGCAAACAGCUCGAGACGAUGGCGAAGGAGCCGAAGGAAGCGCCGCCGCAGGAUAUUGCGGUGCUGCAGAGGGAGAAUCGGUUGAUGACGACGGCGUGGUACGAUCUUUCGGGCAGGAUUCGGAAUAAUGGGGUUAGUUUGGGGAGGAGGAGGCAGGAGGCGAAGAGUUGGAUUGGGAAGCAGAGGCAGCUUGUUGGGCCGGGGAGUGGGGUUGUACAUCGAUGA